AUGAAUCAAAUAGCCCGUCCAUCCUGCCUUCGGCAAACCAGGUUUGCCACACUUUCUGUCCCCCUUGGACAUCGAUAUUUUGCAAGCUCCCCUGUCACACGAGCCUGCGAAUCCAACCAAUCGACCGAGUCUAGCUGCCAGAACACGAAAUCCUCGCCCCCAGCCAGUUCUCUCUCGACAUUCUCAAAAGCUUUCUGGGCAUGUCGUUCAACAUGGCGCAGGGCUGGCAUCAACACCCUACGCUGUCUAAUCGGCUGCACAGUCGGUGAUUUCUCCGCGCUGUGGACGCUACAGUCUUACUAUCCCGAACUCGGGAUGAAUACUAUCAUGCUAGCAUCUAUGGCUUCUGGUAUCACAACAUCCAUCAUCCUCGAGACGGUUCUACUCCGCCGCGGUGCAGACCAGCUCUCAUGGACGAUGGCUGCCCGAACUGCGAUGGGAAUGAGUAUGGUCUCCAUGUUGGCAAUGGAAGUCGCCGAGAAUGCAGUCGAUUACCAUCUUACUGGUGGAGUGGUUGCAUUCCAGGAUCCGAAAUUCUGGGCGGCCGCUGUCUUGUCGAUAGGGGCUGGGUAUUUGGCUCCAUUGCCGUAUAAUUACCUACGUCUGCGGAAAUAUGGGAAGGCUUGUCAUUGA